AAAUUGUGGUAUAUUUAUUUAAUGGCACACUGUACGGCAAUGAAAACAAAUAAGCUACUGCUACCACAAUGUUUUGGAUGAGUUUCACAAACAUAGUAUUGAGUGAGAGGAGCCAGACACAAAAUAAUACCUACUGAAUGGUUCCAUGUAUAUAAAGUUCAGAAGUAAACAAAACUAACCUGUAGUGUUAGAUAAACGUUACUUUUGAGAAGGAGUGUGGCAUAGUCACCAGGAGCGGAUAGAAGGAGGGUAUCUGGGAUGCCAGUAAUGCUCUCAUUCUAGAUCUGGAUGGUGGUCAUAUGAGGAUGUUCACUGUGUCAUCAUUUGUUGACCUGUACACUUAGGUUUUGUGUUCCUUUCCUAAAUGCCUGGUAUAUUUCAAUUAAAAAAAAAAUACACACAGGAGAGGGGAACUGUUUUCAAGUAAGUAAAAACAUGGAAGGUAGAAAGGAAAUAGGAGAGAGAUCAAGAUUUUAUACACAGGUAGCUGAGCUGUGGCCAGAUUAAAUGGGAUAGUGGAGGGGAGGGAACUGUUGAAUAGAACAGGGCAGAAGUUGCCUCCAGCCCAAUCAAAGUUCCUCCAGAUACAUCAGCCUUAAUUCCCCAUCCAACCCCACACCCCGUAUUGACAAACCUCAUCUUUUUGGACAAGUCCCAGCAUUUCCUAGACUAGCAGCUACUUCUCCUGGCAGAAAAACCCAGUAUUUGAGGCCAAAACUGGGGUCUGAGACACUGAUAUUUUGCUCUAGUAUGUCCUGUGAGUCUGCAGGCCCUUGAUGCAAAUGCUCCAGAGCUGAUCUGGAAUCAUCCUGGGGGUACUGAUUUGGGGUGGGUGAGGGGAACAGGGUUUGGUAUGUGUAUCUGUCAUCCUUAUCAAAAGGAAUGACCUGAUCAGGUUGCUGUGUGUGCUCUUGUGUGCACGUGCCCAAAGCUUCAUACACAGCACUGCGUUCUCCUCUCCCCAGGCACAUCUCUGCUCCAAACCCUAUUCAGGGGUCUAGAGCCAUGUUCGAAUGCCCCCGGGCUACUUUCAGGGAGGAAAAGGACAGGAAGGAACCGUUGGUCACAGGUUCCACUGACAAGAGAGGAAAACUUGGGAGUGGGGGUUCCUUUAUGAGGGAGGUCACACCCCCUGCACAAAAACAUCCCAAAGAGAACUGGCAUUGAGCUUGUGUUGGAGAGGUGGAGAUACCCCAGGGAGGAAGUGGCGAAAGGUGAGCAUGGGAACACCCCUCUUUGAUCCCACAAGGUGCGUCAGGGAAAGUUGGAUUUCAUUUAGUCCGGGAUGGUGACAUCUCUCCGCACGCUGCCACCAGGCUCAGUGGGUCAGAGGAAGUGAGGCUCCCCUCCCCUCCGACCUCAGGUGAUGCGUGUGCGACCCCAGCCAUGAGUGUGACCUCCUUUCGCUCCCGCCAGCCAGUCUCCACCCCUUUCAAGGCUGGGAGUUUUUUAAGGCCGGAUUCGGCAGGGGUGAGCCAUUGCUCAAGGAACGCGGAAUCUGGAAGGAGCCCAGAAUGACGAGCCGGCGGGAGAGGAGCUGUGUCCAAGAGCACGGCCAGAAGCUCCAAGGAAACAUCCAGAGGCAGGAGAGGACGCGCACUGUCGCACAAGCCUCUCAAAGUCUGCUGGGGCUCCGACGCGGCGCAGCGGGCCCAGGGGCGGUAGCACCACGCAGUGAGCCCGGGCAGCGGGCCCCUCGGACCCCAGGCCGAUGGGCGCUGGGACCCGCGCGCUCCAGGCGCGUAGAGCCGGCUCCCGGUUCCCGUCACUCCUCCUACUGCGUUUCCCCGGCGUCCCGCCUCCUGGGCACGAAGCGAAGGAAGGGGGCCGGGCCGAGGUUGAUCCCGCCCCCUCCCCAGUUCCUGAUUGGCUGCUGCUGUUGUCCAUCCGAGAAUCUAUUUUUGAUGGAGGGGGGGUGCCACCCAGUCUGCCCCAGAUCACGUUUGCCACCGGCAGCCAACCAGCUGGGCCCAAGUCCGCGGGCAAGAAGCGACUGGGGGCGCGUGAGCUCGCCCCCCCGGUCCCCCGUCCGGGUGCCCCCCCGCCGGGCCCGAAGCGAUAUAUCCUGCCCUCCCCGGCCACCUCCCCCGCGUGGAAGCGGAGCGGCGGCCUCGCUGUAACGCAGAAGCGAAAUGUAGCGAGCCGGGUGUAGCGGCUGGACGCUCGCCUUGGCUGGGGGUGUGGGAGGGCACGCCGGGGGCCAAGGAGGACUGCCGAGGAGGAGUGAUGAGAAGAGGGGGUGCCCUGCACCCCCCGAGACCACGGGCCACGCUGCCACUGGCCAGGCUCCCCCCUUCCUCCCAAGCAAGGGGCAGGUGUUCCACACUGAUUCUCGUGACUUUAAGGACCAGGGAUUUGAAGAGGUAUUAGCUCUUCCCAGGAAGAGAGGAAGUUUCUGGAAGAGAAAGGAAAGACGGCAGACGCUGCGCUGGGACCAGCAGAGCCUGAGGAGCUGUGGGAAGCUGACGGAGCCCAGCCAAAGGAGCGGGAGGGAGCCGCAGCCCCAGGCUGGCACUGUGUUCUGAAAGAUUUGAACUCAAGCUGCUUUUUACGGAAGAGGGGCAACUUCAGAGGGCACCCCAGACUUUGGUUGAGCUCUUCUACUCCGGAUGCCCCCUGCUCUGAGGAGCCUGCCGCUGAGAACCAAAGAAGAUAAGAGGACAGAUACAUUUUCUUCAAGCACAGAGCUGGUGGGUUGGAGUCAGGCACCUGCACCCCUAGUGGCUGUCCGGUGAGGAAUUUCUUGUUUCUCCCCAGCUUGCGGCUUCAGUGCUUGAUGGGGCUGCCUGUUGGUGGAUCAGUUUUUGCAGUGCCUGGUAGGAGUGGAGAGCCGUGGGAAGAGGUCCCACGGCGCCCAAGCCUGGGUUCACCCCAAGACUAAGUUCUUUCCCAAGUUAGAGAAGGAGAGAGAAAGCAAAAAGAAGAGAGGAAAGUUCUCCCUUCCCCUCCUCCCUGCCUGUCAUGUCCUCUAAGCCAGAGCCGAAGGACGUCCACCAACUGAACGGGACUGGCCCUUCUGCCUCUCCCUGCUCUUCAGAUGGCCCAGGGAGAGAGCCCUUGGCUGGGACCUCAGAGUUCCUGGGGCCUGAUGGGGCUGGGGUAGAGGUGGUGAUUGAGUCUCGGGCCAACGCCAAGGGGGUUCGGGAGGAGGACGCCCUGCUGGAGAACGGGAGCCAGAGCAACGAAAGUGACGACGUCAGCACAGACCGUGGCCCUGCGCCACCUUCCCCACUCAAGGAGACCUCCUUUUCCAUCGGGCUGCAAGUACUGUUUCCAUUCCUCCUGGCAGGCUUUGGGACCGUGGCUGCCGGCAUGGUGUUGGACAUUGUGCAGCACUGGGAAGUCUUCCAGAAGGUGACAGAGGUCUUCAUCCUAGUGCCUGCGCUGCUGGGGCUCAAAGGGAACCUGGAAAUGACCCUGGCAUCAAGGCUCUCCACUGCAGCCAACAUUGGACACAUGGACACACCCAAGGAGCUCUGGCGGAUGAUCACUGGGAACAUGGCCCUCAUCCAGGUGCAGGCCACGGUGGUGGGCUUCCUGGCGUCCAUUGCAGCCGUCGUCUUUGGCUGGAUCCCUGAUGGCCACUUCAGUAUUCCGCACGCCUUCCUGCUCUGUGCUAGCAGCGUGGCCACAGCCUUCAUUGCCUCCCUGGUACUGGGUAUGAUCAUGAUUGGAGUCAUCAUUGGCUCUCGCAAGAUUGGGAUCAACCCAGACAACGUGGCCACACCCAUUGCUGCCAGCCUGGGCGACCUCAUCACCUUGGCGCUGCUCUCAGGCAUCAGCUGGGGACUCUACCUGGAACUGAAUCACUGGCGAUACAUGUAUCCACUGGUGUGUGCUUUCUUUGUGGCCCUGCUGCCUGUCUGGGUGGUGCUGGCCCGACGAAGUCCAGCCACAAGGGAGGUGUUGUACUCGGGCUGGGAGCCUGUUAUCAUUGCCAUGGCCAUCAGCAGUGUGGGAGGCCUCAUCUUGGACAAGACUGUCUCAGACCCCAACUUUGCGGGAAUGGCUGUCUUCACGCCUGUGAUUAAUGGUGUUGGGGGCAAUCUGGUGGCAGUGCAGGCCAGCCGCAUCUCCACCUUCCUGCACAUGAAUGGAAUGCCCGGAGAGAACUCUGAGCAAGCUCCUCGCCGCUGUCCCAGUCCUUGCACCACCUUCUUCAGCCCUGAUGUGAAUUCUCGCUCAGCCCGGGUCCUCUUCCUCCUCGUGGUCCCAGGACACCUGGUGUUCCUCUACACCAUCAGCUGUAUGCAGGGCGGGCACACCACCCUCACACUCAUCUUCAUCAUCUUCUAUAUGACAGCUGCACUGCUCCAGGUGCUGAUUCUCCUGUACAUCGCAGACUGGAUGGUGCACUGGAUGUGGGGCCGGGGCCUGGACCCGGACAACUUCUCCAUCCCAUACUUGACUGCUCUGGGGGACCUGCUUGGCACUGGGCUCCUAGCACUCAGCUUCCAUGUCCUCUGGCUCAUAGGGGACCGAGACACGGAUGUUGGGGACUAGCUUGGUCACUCAACCUUUUCCCCAUCCCUCUGCACUUUCUAUUUGAAAUUUUUCUUUUGUUCCCCUGUCCCUACUCCACCCCACACUCCCACCUCUUUCUAGGACUUCACUUUGAUACCAAAUUCUCAUUAUUUUCAAUGGGAAUUUUUAUACAUUGAGCCAAGUUUGUAUAGCAAGAAUUCGGGAAACACAGAUGGCCUGAGAUAAGCAGUACAAGUAGGUUUUUGAGACAAUCACCAAGUGCAGUUUCAUGAUGGGUGCCUCCAGGUGAUGUGGACUGGGGCAGGGGAGUUUUGUCUGGAAUCUGGGGAUAUGGGGUUUGGCUUUAGCAACCUGUCUUGGCCCUAAUGAGAAACCCUUUGUAAGUGGGCUCUGGAUUUUUGGUUUUGUUUUCUUUUUAUCUGUUUUGUUUUAUUUUUGGUUUUGGUUGAACAGAGGGACAGAAGAAUAAGUAACACUCCCAAACACAGACAUACUUUUGUAGAAGUGGACCAACUUCAAAGCUCUGGACAGGAGACAGCUGCUCCAGGCCCCUAUGAUCCCCGCUCUGUUCUCUUGCCCUCUGGACCUAAGUGUUCCCACUCGCAGAAAGAGUAAGGUGGACUGACUUUUCAAUUUGUGCACAUGCCUCUUGUUCAAUGGCCUGAUCAACAUCAACAACCCCUCCCUCUGAUCAUUUCCAGUUGAUUGUAAUAUCCAGGAAAAAAUGGAACAGUGCACUCUUCUCCCUGUUGACCCAUGUCCACCUAUAGGUUCCCCAAAAUCCACAUUCUCCUUGGGCCCAGAGGACUGAUUCUUUGUCUCUCUUCAACCUUCAUCUCAAAUUGUCUCUAAGCACUACCUUCCCCAGAGCUUGCCAGGUUGGGUUUUGAGAUUAGGGACAGGUCAUGGGUAUGUGGAGAAUGGUUUGGAGGUUGAGGACAACCACGGGUGUCUCAUUGCUGCCAUUUCUUCUGAGGACAUAAUCACUUGGUCACCUUGGACCCUGUCACUUCCUAAAAUUACUCAUUCUGUCAUGCCAUAGAGGUCAGUUUUCCUCUUUCUUGGCUUCUGCCCACAGACAUUCACCAAUCAUUUAUUCACUUAUUCAGCAAAUACGCAGCCUCCGCAAGAUGAGCUCUCCUGCAGACAAGCAUGGUCUGAAACAUUCUUUGAGCAAUAUUUACUGAGUGCCUACUAUGUGUUAGGUACUGUGCCAGGCACUGAUAAGCCAGUGGUAAGGGAAACACAGCUCUAACCUCACCUCAUUCUCCAGGUUACAAAGGCCAUGUGCCCCUUUCAAUCUGGCAGAGAAAGUUUCCUCGUUGUAUUUGCAUCUACUUCAAGCCAGAUUCUUCUGCCUCUUUCUCCUUUCCAAACCCCUACUCUGUGCAGUGCUGACCACAGCUAGAGCCACCAUUCCCAUUGCUCAACCAGUAUUUAUUUCCCUAAACGACCCUUCCUCACAUUCCCUUCCUUUCACCUCUCCUCACCAAGCACCCAAAAGAGGGUUUAGAACUAGCAGGGUGGACAUCAUCUGGUUGCUUCUACUUUUCUCUGCCUAGCACAAAAUUGGGAGAAAACUGGAGCCUCCAUCCGCAGUCACACGUGUACAGAUCUGGGGAUUUGGAUGUAGGCUUUUUCUAACUUCUCUCAGAAGCUUCCACAGAAACCCUUCCAUCUGUAGCCUCAAGGGCCCACCUCCAAGGGAAAGCUUAGGCAAUGAUCCUGUUUCUACCAACACCACACCUUAUCCCAGGAACCUGCCCUAGACCUCCAGAGACCAUAGUUUCUCUCCCUCCAUUUCUACCCAGACCUCUAGGCCUCCUUCUGGAAUCAUAGAACCGUAGAAUUGGAAGGAAUUUUAGAGGUUUUCCAGUUGGAGUUGUGUCCAACAGAAUUCAUUAACACCAGCCUGGGCUUGUUUUUCCUCCUCCCCCUGGACUUUUUUCAUCUUUUCCUCCACCUCAAAAGACACUGACACACAGAUUCUUCUUGUACAGGCACCAAAACCAACUCUGCCCCUAAGGCUGUGUCCCUAUGGUCUCCAGCCACCCCUACCCCAGUCACUCGCCCCUUCCUCAUCUCUGGAAUUUGGCCAGGCAGUCCCAGAAGACUCUGGAGCGACCUCCUUUGCCUAAAAAGCAGACAGAUAGGCAUGCCCCAGGCCCUGAGUGUGUGAGCAGAGGAGGACUGUAGGGUGAGAGGGAAAGAAAACAAAGGUGACUUUCAUGGAAGAUUCAUUUCUUUUCCCCAAUUGUACCAACUGCAUGUACUUUUGGCCUGGCUGCAAGGAGCAAUAUUGGUUUACUCUCGUAUCCUUAAAAAGUUACAGAACUGUGUCUUAAGAGAAUUAUUUAUAGUUACUAUAACUGAAUUGACAAAUGUCAACUUAACUGAUAAAUUAUAUUUGGUAAAAUAAAGAGGACGUUUAUUUA